CGCGUGCACAUCCCCCUUUUCUUUAGAACGCGCUCAACUAACUUUGGGGACAACCACUGGCCAGCAGAUAAUACAGGAAAGUCUAUCCGUCGCACACUGACAGAACUGAGACGCAAGGUAAAUGUAAACUUUUCAAUCACUGCCUUUGUACACUUCUCUGUGAAAAUGUGUUUAUGUGCUAACCUUAUAUAAGAGACUGCUUGAGAUUCUUUCCAUGAUGUAAAACAUGUAAAACGUAUGGUGUUUUCCCCCAUUUCUACCCAUCAGUUGUGUGUAUGGCUUGGCAUGACAGCAUGUCACUAACUUAAAAAGCUUUGUCAGGCUAUAUUUUUGUUCCAUUCUCCAAAUAAGAUGUCAGCUUUUUAAUAAUCUAUACAAUUACGCCUAUUUCACACUUAUUUGUUAAAACACAGAGAAAAUGUGUUUAAAUCAUGUUUCCAAUAUCAAAUUAUGGAGUAUUCUCUUCAAUUAGCCCUGAAGUCUAAUGCUUAUAUCAAUUUGUAUGUAAUGACAAAGUGUAAUGACAACAGUAAUAUUUGUUAAAAGUGAUUUGGCUCUAUGUGAGUUUGUGCACCUUAUCACCCCUCAGGCUACUGACUUAAUCACAUUCAAGACAUUCUAAUGCAAAGUCUACCAGAUAGCCUACAAGAUAACUUCAGUCUAUCUUUAAAUCUUUACAACAGUCAGAACAUACAGUAUUUCAAAACCCUAAGACUCUAACCCCAAACAGUACUGUUGAGAACACUUCCUGAUGUUCAUUAUCAUGUUAAAUGUUUUCUGUGUCCUGGCAAGAGCUGUGGUUGACAAAGGUGGAGAGUGGGAUGAGCAAGCCAAGCCCACAACCGUUGUUUGGGAAGCUUUGGACAUUGUGUUAACGGAUAGAAAAACAAACAAUGUACUUUGUUUCAUUGAAACAAUUGAGUAUUAUCUAGGUAAGCAUUCACUUUAGCUUCUUAUCACAGAUUCUGAUAGUGGUUGUGAGUGACACAUAUUUAUGCAAUCAGUUUUAUAUUCCCAGUCAGACUUUCUAUUUCUUUUUUGAAUCUCACUCUCAGAUGUGGCAGACAUAGGAACAAUCAUGCCAGUUGUCUUCACAUGCCAUGUGCUGAAUUCAACAUCAUUAAAACACCAAACCAGUGGGGCACAUGCCAGUCAAGACUGUGAGACCUGAAAUGAUUCCUUACCCGCUGCACACAAAGCCAUCAUUGAUUGGCUAAGUGGUGCAUUAGUCUGUGCUGCAGUCCUUCUCAUUCUGUGGUCUGGUAUGAUUGUCAGGGCGUGUGUAGGUGUGGUGUAGGAAAUCAGAUGCAGGACGCAGACGGUAGGUUCCAAAAGCUGUAUUCCGACCCAAACACAGGCAACAGGGCAACAAAGCCCAACAGCUAAACUACGCCAAAGGCGUGUAGGCAAAAUGCGCACAAACAGGUGCGACAAAAAUAGUAGUGCACGAAACAAGUGCAAAAUGAGCUCCAGCGCAGUGGAGAGAAUUAUGCUCAACCGAGCAAACACAACACUGACGAAAACAAUCACACACAACACAAGACAAACACAACGAGAAACUUAUAGGAUACUAAUCACGUAAAACAGAAACAGGUGUGACACAAACAGACAAAAGCAAACGAACAUGAAAACAUAAAUCGGUGGCAGCUAGAAUUCCGGAGACGACGAACGCCGAAGCCUGCCCGAACAAGGGAGAGAGGCAGCCUCGGCCGAAACCGUGACAGUACCCCCCCCUUGACGCGCGGCUCCAGACGCGCGCCGACUCCGGCCUUGGGGACGACCCGGAGGCCGCGGCGCAGGGCGCGUCGGAUACCCCCGAUGGAAUUCCGUCAGGAGCGACGGGUCCAAGAUGUCUCUCCUCGGCACCCAGCACCGCUCCUCCGGACCGUACCCCUCCCACUCCACUAGAUACUGAAGACCCCCUCUCCGACGUCUAGAAUCCAAGAUGGAUCUCACGGUGUACGCCGGUGCCCCCUCGAUGUCCAACGGGGGCGGGGGGGUCUCCAAGAUCUCAUGUUCUUGGAGCGGGCCUGCUACCACCGGCCUGAGAAGGGACACAUGGAACGAGGGGUUAAUACAUUUAUACUCCACUGGCAACUGUAAUCUAUAACAAACCUCGUUCAACCUUCUCAGGACUUUAAAUGGCCCUACAAACCGCCGACCCAGUUUCCGACAGGGCAGGCGGAGGGGCAGGUUUCUGGCAGAGAGCCAGACUCGAUCUCCAGGUGCGUACACAGGCCCCUCACUGCGGUGUAGGUCGGCGCUCGUCUUCUGUCGACGUAUGGCACGCUGCAGAUGGACGUGUGCAGCGUCCCACGUCUCCUCCGAGCGCCGCACCCACUCAUCCACAGCGGGGGCCUCAAUCUGGCUCUCAUGCCAUGGUGCCAGAACCGGCUGGUACCCUAAAACACACUGAAAAGGGGUUAGUUGGGUGGAGGAGUGGCGAAGAGAGUUCUGUGCCAUCUCAGCCCAGGGCACAUAUCUCGCCCACUCCUCCGGCCGGUCCCGGCAGUAUGUUCUGAGAAACCUGCCCACAUCCUGGUUUACGCGUUCCACCUGCCCAUUACUCUCCGGGUGGUAACCCGAGGUGAGACUCACCGAGACCCCCAACCGCUCCAUAAAAGCUCUCCAGACUCUGGAGGUGAAUUGGGGACCCCGGUCAGCCACAAUGUCCUCGGGCACCCCGUAGUGCCGGAACACAUGAGUGAAUAGUGCUUCGGCGGUUUGUAGGGCAGUAGGAAGACCCGGCAUGGGGAGCAAACGACAGGCCUUAGAGAACCGAUCCACAACGACCAGGAGUGUAGUAUUCCCUUGAGAGAGGGGAAGGUCAGUUAUAAAAUCCACCGAGAGGUGGGACCAUGGUCGUUGUGGAACGGGCAGGGGUAGUAACUUACCCCUAGGCAGAUGUCUAGGCGCCUUACACUGGGCGCACGCCGAGCAGGAGGAAACAUAAACCCUCACAUCCCUGGCCAACGUAGGCCACCAAUAUUUGGCACUAAGACAGUGCACUGUCCGACCGAUACCCGGAUGUCCAGAGGAGGGUGACGUGUGAGCCCAAUAGAUCAAUCGAUCCCGACACUCGAGCGGAACAUACUUCCGACCCUCCGGGCAUUGUGGUGGACUAGGGUCGGUGCGUAAUGCCCGCUCGAGCUCAGAAUCGAGCUCCCACACCACCGGUGCCACUAGACACGACUCCGGCAGUAUGGGAGUGGGCUCCACGGACCUCUCCUCCCCGUCAUACCGCCGAGACAGUGCAUCUGCCUUACCGUUUUGUGACCCAGGGAUGUAGGUGAUCUUAAAAGAGAAACGGGUCAAAAACAUACUCCAUCUAGCCUGUCGAGGGUUCAGCCUCCUCGCUGCCCGGAUGUACUCCAGGUUACGGUGGUCCGUCAAAAUGAGGAAAGGGUGUUGAGCCCCCUCAAGCCAGUGCCUCCACACCUUAAGGGCUUGGACCACAGCUAACAGCUCCCUGUCCCCGACGUCAUAAUUUCGCUCCGCCGGGCUGAGCUUCUUGGAAUAGAAGGCAACGGGGCGGAGUUUAGGUGGCGCGCCUGACCGUUGGGACAGCACGGCGCCAAUACCGGCUUCAGACGCGUCCACCUCUACCUGAAAUGGUAAGGAGGGAUCCGGAUGCGCCAGCACCGGAGCCGAGGUGAACAGGUCCUUCAGCUUCUUAAAAGCCCUGUCCGCCUCGACUGACCACUGCAGACGCACCGGGCCCCCCUUUAAGAGAGACGUGAUGGGAGCUGCCACCUGCCCAAAACCCCGGAUAAACCUCCGGUAGUAAUUCGCAAACCCCAAAAACUGCUGCACCUCUUUCACAGUGGUUGGUGUUUGCCAAUUACUCACGGCUGACACUCGGUCUACCUCCAUCUUCACCCCUGACGCAGACAACUGAUACCCCAAGAAGGAAAUCGACUCCUGGAAAAACAGACACUUCUCUGCCUUCACAUACAGGUCGUGCUCCACCAGCCUCCGCAACACUCUGCGCACCAGGGCCACAUGCUCGACACGGGUAGGUGAGUACACGAGGAUGUCAUCUAUGUACACCACCACUCCCUGUCCCUGCAUGUCCCUGAAGAUCUCAUCCACGAAUGAUUGGAAAACUGACGGAGCAUUCAUCAACCCGUAUGGCAUGACGAGAUACUCGUAAUGGCCCGAGGUGGUACUAAAGGCUGUUUUCCAUUCAUCAUCCUUCCUGAUGCGCACCAAGUUGUACGCGCUCCUGAGAUCUAAUUUCGUGAAGAAACGCGCCCCAUGCAACGACUCCGUCAUGGUCGCAAUCAGCGGGAGUGGAUAACUAUACUUCACCGUAAUCUGAUUGAGACCACGGUAGUCGAUGCACGGACGCAACCCCCCAUCCUUCUUCUUCACGAAAAAGAAACUCGAGGACGCGGGGGAAGUGGACGGCCGUAUGUAUCCUUGUCUCAGUGAUUCGUCUAUGUAAACCUCCAUAGCUUUCUUCUCCUCCUGAGACAGAGGAUACACAUGACUCCGUGGGAGCGCAGCUCCUGCCUGAAGGUCUAUCGCACAAUCCCCCUGCCUAUGGGGUGGCAAUCGCGUCGCCCUCGCCUUACUAAACGCGAUAGCCAGAUCCCCAUACUCAGGUGGAAUGUGCAAUGCGGGCACCUGGUUUGGACUUUCCACCGAGGUAGCCCCUAAGGAAACGCCCAAACAUCUACCCACACACUGAGCAGACCACUCCUUCAGAGCCCUCUCCUGCCACGAAAUAACGGGGUUAUGGGUACUUAACCAGGGCAUGCCCAGCACCACCGGAUACGCAGGAGAGUCAAUCAGAAACAGUUGUAUUAUCUCCUGAUGACUCCCCUGCGCACACAUCCUAAGUGGCGCCGUGACCUCCCUGAUUAAGCCCGUACCCAACGGACGACUAUCUAGGGCGUGAACGGGAAAAGGAACUUCCACAGGGAGAAGGGGAAACCCUAACUCUAAACAAAACUUCUUAUCAAUGAAAUUCCCAGCCGCGCCUGAAUCUACCAGCGCCUUACACUGGGAAUGAGGUGCCACCUGCGGAAAACACACAGGCAUACAAAAAUGGGCAACAGUGAGCUCUGGGUGAGUGGGGCGCCUACUCACCUGGAGGGAAUCCCCAGUGCGGGACCUGUCGUCAUCUCCCCGAGGAGGCCAUCCCCAGCACCUAGCCGCGGUGUGUCCUCCCCGACCACAGUUGGUGCAGUGGAUGGACCCCCCACUCUGCCGACUCCUCCUACCUCUAGCGCCAGCGCCCCCGAGCUCCAUAGGACACGGCUCGGGUGCGCUGGAGGAUGGAAUGGACGGACCCCCCUCAGGACGUCCGCGGGUAGCCAAUAGGUUAUCCAACCUAAUUGACAUGUCGACCAGCUGGUCGAAAGUGAGACUGGCGUCCCGACAGGCCAGCUCCCGACGGACGUCCUCUCUGAGGCUACAUCGGUAGAGAUCGAUGAGGGCCCGAUCAUUCCACCCUGCAUCUGCCGCUAGAGUACGGAAUUCGAGUGCGAAUUCCUGGGCACUCCUCCUCCCCUGCCUAAGGAAGACCAGACGCUCCCCCGCCGCUUUCCCCUCCGGGGGAUGGUCGAACACCGCCCUAAAGCGGCGGGAGAACUCGGUGUAGGUGAUGGUCGUGGCGUCGAUCUUCCUCCACUCUGCGUUGGCCCACUCCAACGCUUUACCGGCCAGGCAGGAGAUUAGGGCGGACACGCUCUCAUGCCCUGAAGGUGCCGGAUGGACUGUGGCCAGGUACAGCUCGACCUGGAGCAAGAACCCCUGACACCCAGCCGCUGUCCCGUCGUAAGCCCUCGGGAGAGAUAGACGGACUCCUCGAUGUUCCGGUGCUGGAACGGGCGGGCUGACCGAUGGUGCUGGCUGGGCGGGCGGUGGUGGAGGCGAACCCCAGCCUCGGAGUGUGGAAAUAACCUCCUGCAGGGCGUUCCCCAUCUGCAGGAGUUGCUCCUGCUGAUCCCGAACCUGGGCCUCCAGUCUUGUCUGGGCUGCUUCUGCUCCUGCUGAUUCCAUGGGUGGUGUGUGAUUCUGUCAGGGCGUGUGUAGGUGUGGUGUAGGAAAUCAGAUGCAGGACGCAGACGGUAGGUUCCAAAAGCUGUAUUCCGACCCAAACACAGGCAACAGGGCAACAAAGCCCAACAGCUAAACUACGCCAAAGGCGUGUAGGCAAAAUGCGCACAAACAGGUGCGACAAAAAUAGUAGUGCACGAAACAAGUGCAAAAUGAGCUCCAGCGCAGUGGAGAGAAUUAUGCUCAACCGAGCAAACACAACACUGACGAAAACAAUCACACACAACACAAGACAAACACAACGAGAAACUUAUAGGAUACUAAUCACGUAAAACAGAAACAGGUGUGACACAAACAGACAAAAGCAAACGAACAUGAAAACAUAAAUCGGUGGCAGCUAGAAUUCCGGAGACGACGAACGCCGAAGCCUGCCCGAACAAGGGAGAGAGGCAGCCUCGGCCGAAACCGUGACAAUGAUGAAGAGAGAGACGUAGCCCCAGAUGUGAGAGAGGUUGCCAGAACCAACGUUUUACUUCCCUAUUGGAUGUCUGAUGUCUCUCAAAAGCUUUGAAUUUGAAAAAAACGUUGAAUUUGGAAGGGGAGAUUGUAAUAUUUCAUUUUGAAAACCUCUGCACUUGGCUGUGACUGCUAUAACCUGUUAACUGUGUGCUUGGUUGAGUUUGACACUGAGGGGUUGUGUUAGUGUAUGAUGAUAGAAUCCUCACUGAAGGGAAGCCAGUGCAUGGUCCCCUAUAUAAUCAGCAUUUAAGGAGGAAUUUGCACCUAGAUAAUGGAUGCCUCAACACAGAGCAGCACAUUUUGGUAUACUUACAGUCCAUAACACUAUAUAGGUUGAUAAACUCAACAUUCUUAUUAAAAUAUAUUUAAACAUAGUCAUGGAAUCAGCACAUAAUAUGGCAGGGGCAUAGUAUUUUAGAAUAUGUUGAUAUAGAAAACAGAGGGACUGUGUGCGGUUAUGAGUUGCUGCUGAGAGUUUAAAGACGUGUCAGUGCAGGUUUCUCCAUACAACCAAUGUACACAUGAGCGUGGAGGGUGUCUAUUGAGGAAAAUAUACCAUGUCAACACGGCGUGACUUUUGCCUUCCCAAACUGCUCCACCAUAUGUUGGAAUCUAUGCACCAGCAAGCUGUUUCUUAGUACUAAGGGGGCGUUAUGUGUGUGUCUUUUGAGUCUAACUAACACUGUUAAUAUUCCUCAACUGAGUGUUAAGCUCAGCGUUAAAGAUGAGUAAAAUGUUAGGAGUAGAUAGAAUAUUGAUUUUUAUACACAGAAUGUUUCACUUGCAACAGGAAAGUAUUUUGGAAAAUAACUCGUAGAAUCAUAAAACAGAUUUCUUUGCUUGAAAUGUCGCAGUGUCUCUUAGAACUGGACCAAGCACACGAGCAGUGGAGGAAAACAGGAAACACCUAGUUUUCAAUAAUAUGUUCUCUGAUUUGAAGUCACAUCACUGACUUGGACCACACACAAGUAUAGAAUUGUCUGAAUAACCAGUCUGAAUAUGGAUCACCGCAAAGAUUGUUCAGUACAAUAGUGUAAGAAAUUCAUCUUAUCAAGAACUUGCACACUUCCCACAUUUUGAAAUUGCUGAUUUGGAAGAGAUCGGGCACUAUCAACCACAUUACAAGCCUACUACUGUAUUGUGUAAGAGGAUUAACUUAGCUCUCUGUUAUCUUUAUUAUUGUUGAAGUUGUUCAUGCUCUGUCAGGUGCAGUAGGUGGAGUACUUUCAUCUGUUAGUGUUCCUAACAAACGCAGAGUCGACUUGUUACUGUACCUCAACAAUACCCUCUUUAUCUUAAAGAAACUUCACUUUAUAAAGCUUUUUACAAGGCAAUAUUAAAUUAAGUUGAUAUCGUUGCUGAUAAACAAUCUUCUGCUCCAAGCACUCUGUCAACUGUUUAUGUGUGGGCCUCCAAUUGUAUUGUAUUGUUUUGGAAGGAAGGUUUUGUUAUUUCAGCCUUGCUUUUCUAACUGUGGACAGUUUGUCUAGGGUUGUCCAUAUUUCCCCCUAUCCCUAUCCGGCGUUACCUGUAGCCAAAUUUCCAUGCCAAUGUAAUGUAAACCACAGCAUGCAUCCACAGCUGUGCUGUGGCCCUAGAGAGUAGGCAUGGAAAAACAUACAUUAGCUCAAUGGUCAAUUUUAGUCUAGGCAUAAUGACAGUAAUGUUAGCUAGUUUAAACAGACUAGUGGGACCCAGUUCAAAUAAAAUUAAAUAAAAGUUUAUUUGUCACGUACACAGGUUACAGCAGCUGUAAACAGUGCAGCAAAAUGCUUACCUGCAGCUCCCUCAACAAAGCAGUUCAAAUAUCAAUACCAAUAAUAAUCAAAAGUCAAUCAAAAACAACAAGUAAGUAGAAGAAACAGACGACUUGGUAAUGACCUUGUGGUUCUGUCACUACAAUAACAUAACAUAACAGAAAUGUCAUGUUAUGUCUCUUUCAUUCUCACAGGUUAAAGGAGGCCAUUUGAAAUCGGACCUUCAACAUCAUUCUCACUCUUGUUCGACUGCAGAGGACUGUGGACAAUAGUUAUCAACAAAUUCAAUUUUCAACAUUUGUUCUUGGGGGACUUUUAUGCAAAAUGAACCAAAAGAAACUGAUGCUGUUUCAAUGUGUGAUCCUGUUGUGCCUGGGCCCCUGUCUAAGCCAAAGGGACUGUACAAGCGUGGAUUGUCCAGUGUUGGACAACUGCAUUGAGGAGGUUUUGGAGAAAGGAGCUUGCUGUGCCACCUGUGUUAAAAUAGGAUGCUUAUGUGAAGGUUACCAGUACUAUGACUGCAUCCAUGCAGGCUUCCAAAAUGGUAAAGUUCCAGAGGGAGAAUCUUACUUUGUGGAUUUCGGAAGCACAGAAUGUUCUUGUCUACAGGGAGGCGGGAGGAUCGGCUGCCAUUUCAUCCCGUGUCCCGAGAUCCCUCCCAACUGCAUUGCUGUCGCGGAACCCGCGGAUGGGUGUCCGCAGUGUGAGCGCAUUGGCUGUGUCCAUGGCAAUCAGAAAUAUGAGGCAGGUCACUCCUUCCAGAUGGACCCUUGUCAGGUGUGUCACUGUCCUAACGAUGGCGGGAGCCUGAUGUGUUCUCCUAUCCCUGACUGUGACUCUCGUAACGUUAAGAAGCCCAUGAUAGCAACGACCACACAGAACAACAACCCUCCGAGAGACCUCAGCAAACUGCAUGAUAUCAAACAGACAAGCCCACUAGACCCAUUUGCCCCUGCUAACAUCCUACCUCUUUACAAAGAGGAGCCAUCCGUCCUGGAUGAAGAUGAGGAUUAUGACUACACACUGCCUGACCCCACAUCUACUACUCCACAAGACCUGGUCAAGCGAACAGAAUCUACCACGGUGUCACCAUCCUAUGCUGAGACAAGCUCUUCUCCUUAUGAGAUCUUUAAUGACCUGAGGCAGGAGCUGAGAGAGAGACUAGGAACAUACGAUCAGGAGCGAACAGAGGAGGCGGCCAUUACUGAGGAUCCACAUCACAUAGAUCAGACCACCUUAAAGGCCCAGGAGGAGUCAACAAUAUCAACAACUAAACAGGAAGUGACCUCAGAGAGUCAAAGGCGUCAACAGGAAGUUGUUGACCGGGACAGCAGGCGUCACAGAGACAGUGACAGAGUGAUGAAGAGUGACAGUUCGGAGGACGUCACUCCAACUGUCCGUAGUGACAAGGGAGUGAGAUACACUGGCCUCCACGAAAAAAGAGACAGCCACAGCAGUCACCACCAUGAUGGCAGUCCUUCAUCCCAAAGUCAUGGGAGGCACCUUGAGGAGCCCCUUGAGGAGCAGCGUGAGGAGCCCAGAACGCCCCAGAGUAAACCUGACCAGGAGUCUUCGUUCUCCGCAGAGAAGAUCAGUCCGACCAGCAGAGCUCCUGUCACGAGGGAGGAGGGAGACCAGCUGGCCAGGAGACAGCCCCACACCCUCUUCAACUACCAGGGCCCAAACGAACAGCCUGGAAACAUUGAGGGUAAGUCAACAACACUAAUAUGGCCACUGUCGUUUUGGUGUAGUUGAUAGUGAACAGCUCUACCAGUCCACAGUCUAAAACAAUAGGGUCUGCUGAUAUCUUUCUAUUCAUUUUCUAUCAUUUCUUUAUUUAACGUGAGUAAAUCACAUACAAUGCCCUUUGAGACCUAGUGAAAGGCACUAUACAUGACAGCAGUUCUUGUAUAUGCAAUUAGUUAAUUCAUUAAAAGAUAGGAACCACAUUCAUCCAAUUAAAUGGUUUAAGAACCUCAGAUGAUUUACUGUCCUUUUUCACUUAGAUCCUGUGUUCGAUGUAGGAAUUCUUUAUUCAAUCUAUAGUAGCUGCUACAGUAGCUGGCACUGGUCCAGGAAAAACUAGGGUUCAUGGAAAGCAUAUGGUCCCUAGACAGUGAGCCUUCAACUUUCCUACUCACAACAGAGGUUGGAGAUUACUAUGCUUGUCUUUUUAAAAUAUAUUUCUUUACUAAUUUUAGUUAGGCAUUUUAUCAAAUGGGAAAUUCCUUAGGAUAAACUCUCAAUUAAGGACUACAAUGGAGUCAUUUGGAGAAUUCAAGGAAUGUUUCCAUGUUUUCUUUCAUUCAAAUCCGAAGUGACAGAUAGAUACAGUAUUGUGGCAUUUCCGUAAUCUUCCUUGUGGCAUCUACAUCAGUGUCUUCCCUCCUUCAACGAGCCUCCUGAACACUGCUUACGGACCAUCAUCAGUAGGCUCUCAGAGGUAGCAGCCCUCCCCAGGGCAUACAUACUGUACUGCAGCAGCUUCUGAGAUGGGCAGCAGAUGAUGAAUACAUCAGCUAAAUGUCUGGAGGAUGGGUUAAGAGGUUACAGAGUUCAUAGAGAAUACCUAUCUCUGCUUUCAGCUUGAGGUCGUCUGUGACACAUUCAUAGGUAGUAGCUGUGAUUGUGUAUGACCUCUAAAUGGCCGCUGUUUGGGGCCUCCAAUAUGCUGGAUAAUCUUGAAUCAUGAAAUCUAGGUUUCACCCUGGGAGAAAAACCCCUCAAUCAGAUCAUGAGAUUCCUAAAGGGUUCAUGGGUUUACCUUUCAUAAUGUCUACAGUAAUACAGUGAUUUGAACUUAAUAACCUCCUUGUGAUUUCAUCACCACCACAGUACAGCUACUGAAUUACAGUACGAACUAGGUCAGAGCUAUGGGAAUUCAGACUCUUGUACUAUACUGUAAGUAGGUAUCGUGUAACAACAGUCAUCUGUGGAUUUUCCCAGCCUCUGCAAGCCAUGCUGCUUUACUACACUAUCACUGUUUAGACCUGUUGGGAUUUUUCUCUGCUUUCAGCAGAGGAAUGUAUAGUAUGUAUUAGCUGUAUGAGGUGUUUCUUUGGGAGUUAGCACGAGAGAUACCUGUCACAUGCAUUCCAUGCAGAGAGGGUAGAUUUUACAGGUCACGGAUCAAGUCUGGACUCACGAGAGCGAAGAAAGAAAUAUGUCAGUUCUUGCCUUCCUCAGUGGCGUUGGUGUUUACAAUUCACACAAUUUGUUUACAAAGGCAAGGUCUGGUCAACUUCUCCAGUAUGCCUUAUGUGCCUGCCUGUGAGUAAAUAUCCCCCGGCCUGCCUUGGCUGCAGUGCAACACAUAGAUUUGUCUUGACAGAUGCCCUCAACUGUUUUUCACGCUGCAUAUCAGAAUAUUAGGAUAUCAUCCAAUAAUUAAAUGGUAGAUUACUGUUGCUUCACGGUAGGUUGACUGAGAGAGUCUGAGUUAAUUCACAUCCAUGCUUGUCCAACACACCCUGAGUAUCUCUGCCCCGUUUGGAGCAGCGACAUAGAGAUGACUGGUCUGGCUACUGUCUAGCCCCUGGGUGAAACUGACAUUGUUAAGCAGGGCCUGACUACCGCAUUUGGGGCCCCCCAACCCAAUUCUUUUGUUGCAGUUUUAAAGCUCAUUUCCUGCAAUUCUACACAUUUUGCCAUGGGGCCGAGAGAAAAAUGUGCUGUUUUAUAGCUCAUCACAUGAUAUUCUUCACAUUUUGCAAUGAAGAUGAGAGAAAAUUGUGCAGUUUUAAAGCUUAUUUCCUGUCAUUCUAUACAUUUUGCCAUUUCUUAUGACGUGUUCAUAUCCUCGACCACCAGGGUGCCAAACCCCCCCCCCCCCCCACAGAAAAAGGCUUCGGGAACCCUGGAGGUCGGGGCCCCGGGGCACGUGCCCUGCUUGCCCCUUCAGUAAUCUGGCCCUGUUGUUAAGGGUCAGAGGUCAUGGUCACUGGGUGAAGGGAAAGAGGUUCCAGCAUGGUGACAUCCUUAAGGACAGGAAGAGACUCAGUUGACAAGGUCCCUGAAUAAUGCCUGUUAUCAACCCCCUUCAGGGCAGCAUGCCAGAGUCUUCAGGGCAGCAUGCCAGAGUCAUUGGCAGAAGAAAGGAGAAAGCAUGCACUACACAUAA